AAUUCACGUACCCUUUCAAGAACACAAGCAAGCAACGACUCUAUCUGAAGCCAUGUCUAACGCAGCAUUGAAGGAGCUGCCGCAGCGUGCAUCCGUUCUGGGCGGGUUCCCGCAAGUGCAGCAGGUGGCCUCGUCGUACCUAGCCCUGCUCCAGAAGAGCUGGGUCGGGGGUGUUGGCGGCAGCGAGCCGCUCCUGCCAGUGGGCAUCUUUAUGACCCUGCACGCCCUCCGCAUCGCCUACGAGGUGCGCAAGGCGACGCUUUACAACGGGCGGCGUCCUCUGGUGCAAGAGGUGCUCACCAUGCUGACCUUUUCGUUUGGCGGAGCCAUUCUGACGGCGCUGGCGCUGGGGCGCACGCAGCCGUGGCUCGAGAACAGCCUGUCGGUGCCCGUCUAUGCUGGCAUGUACCUGCUCGUAGGGUACAUGCCCGGUGACCUGUUAUACAAGUUUUUGCGGCGGACGUCGCCAGUGAGUGACGUGUUUCUGGCGAGUGUGGACGGGCUGCUGCGUGGGUACGGCGUGACUGCGGCGGGGGUGGACCUCGUGCGUAAGACAAUGCACGGGCAGCCGGUGGCAGAGUCCCUGGUAGCAUGGGUGUUUGUGGGAACCGUGCUGGGCUCUGGCGGCGGCAUCAUCGACGACCUGUUGCAAAUUUCGCAGCACUCAUGGACCUUCCGCACGCCGGCUCUGGCAACGAAGGGGUUCUCGCUGGACACCAAGCUGUCGUUCUUUGCUACUGUCGGGUAUAUCCUGACGACCCAUGCCUGGUCAUUCGUCGAGCAUGCGCCGGGCUUCCCGCUCAGCCCACUGCUGGAUGCAGUGCUGAAUCUUGUGCCGCAUCUGAGCGAGGAAGAGGCAAGGCUGGUCUCGGGUCUGCUGUGCUCGUCGGUGCUGGGCACAGCGGCACACUUUUCUGCAGGCAAGUAUGGAGUUCAGGAGAAGGAGGCCCUCAGAUAUAGCCAUGCCAAGAAGAACGACGAUGCUGACGUCGAGUCCGAGGAGGAUGACGAGGAUGACGAGGACUAUGACGAGAAGGACGAGAAGGACGAGAAGGACGAGUAGGACGAGUAGGCUCUCUUUCCAAUAUUUUUCAUUUCAUUUCAUUUCAUUUCUAGCUAUCUUCAGAGUUAUCAACUUCGAAUAAACUGCUUUACUCGGAUGUCCGCCUC